AUAAAAUACCUACUCACUGAGGUACAAUGUAGAAUAAUUAAAGUUUUUCUGUUCUCAUCCCACAACUGAAUCAAGGUCUUUAGAAAUGUGGUUUCUGCUAGCUUUAUCGGCGUUGUUUGUUUCUGCCAACGGUGCAAGUCCUAUGACUGUGUCCGUCUACUAUGAAAGUCUCGGCCCAUAUAGUCAAGAUUUUUUCGAAGUUCAGCUCAUUCCAGCUUACUCUGAAAUCGGAGAUAAAAUAAAAUUGGAGUUGUUACCUUCUGGAAAUAGUGAUGUCGAUCUAGUUGAUGGAAAAUAUAUCAUUACUUGUCCACGAGGAGAACCUGAGUGUUACGGAAAUAGAGUACAGGCCUGUGCGUUGGAUUUAGGAGUUGGAAACUCUGGAAUAGAAUUUGCAAUGUGUGCAAUGACUUCCUCUGAUCCAUCCAGCCCAACAAUUUUGAAACAGUGUGCCAUUGAUCAAAAAAUUGAUUGGGACCAGAUAGAAAAUUGUUUGCAUUCUGGAAAGGCUGAUAAUUUGCUCGUUGAGUACGCCAACAGAACCUAUUCUGUGACACCCUCAAUAAACGGCAUUCCUGCAAUAGCUCUGGACAACCAUUAUGUAGAAUCUAUUACAGAAAUAGCUCUGACGAAUUUGCAAGAAAUCAUAGAAUUCAUUCAGAGUGGAGACGCAUGCUAUUGGUGUGAACCGAAGGAGUUUAACUGAAGUAAUUCCGUAUUUCAUAUGUAUUUUAGGUGAAAUAUUUGUGAACCAAGAUUUCGAUUGAAUCAGUAAAUAAAUAUUCAUGAGAGAGUUAA